CUCACGCGGGGAGGGAGGAAAAGGUCGGCCGCUGGCGGCUGGAGCUCCGUGGGUGCGGUCUUCGGGCGCGCGGAGGCCGGCCAGGAGCGUGUCUACGGACGGGACUCAGUGGUUGGGAACUUUCCCCAGCAGGAAGGAGGAGAUUGGGCUCACUCACUUCUCUCUUCAUCAAAUCCUAUCAGCAGCCCUCCUCCCCUUGCUCAGAAGUUGAACGAGGCACUUGGAUUUCACCAGUAGAAGAGAAAAGUAGACCGCAAACGGGACCAUAUUUGGAGCUAAAAUGGAACAAGCAGCUGAUGAGCCAAUGAACAACCCGGUCACACAGACACAUCUGACAGAAAACAUUCCAAAAGUGAGUACUGACACCGAAAAGGUCAGCCAAAACCAGGCCAAGAAAUGUACCGUGAUCGGGGGUUCUGGGUUCCUAGGACAGCACAUGGUGGAGCAGUUGCUUGCAAGAGGCUACGCUGUCAAUGUAUUCGAUAUGCGGCAAGGGUUCGACAAUCCCCGGGUGCAGUUCUUUCUGGGCGACCUCUGCAGCCAACAGGAUCUGUACCCAGCUCUGAAAGGAGUAAGCACAGUUUUCCACUGUGCGUCACCCUCACCAUCCAGUAACAACAAGGAGCUCUUUUAUAGAGUGAAUCACAUUGGCACCAAGAAUGUCAUUGAAACUUGUAAAGAGGCUGGGGUUCAGAAACUCAUUUUAACCAGCAGUGCCAGUGUCAUCUUUGAGGGCGUCGACAUCAAGAAUGGAACCGAAGACCUCCCUUAUGCCGUGAACCCCAUUGACUACUACACGGAGACGAAGAUCUUACAGGAGAGAGCCGUCCUGGGCGCCAAUGAUCCAGAAAGGAAUUUCUUAACCACAGCCAUCCGCCCUCAUGGCAUUUUCGGCCCAAGGGACCCCCAGCUGGUCCCCAUCCUCAUCGAAGCAGCCCAGAAGGGCAAGAUGAAGUUUGUGAUUGGAAACGGCAAGAACUUGGUGGACUUCACCUUCGUGGAGAACGUGGUCCAUGGACACAUCCUGGCUGCAGAGCACCUCUCCCAAGACACGACCUUGGGUGGGAAGGCAUUUCACAUCACCAAUGAUGAACCCAUCCCUUUCUGGACGUUCCUGUCCCGCAUCCUGACAGGCCUCAAUUACGAGGCCCCCAAGUACCACAUCCCCUACUGGGUGGCCUACUACCUGGCCGUCCUGCUGUCCCUCUUGGUGACAGUAAUCAGUCCUCUCAUCCAGCUCCAGCCCACUUUCACACCGAUGCGGGUCGCACUGGCCGGCACAUUCCACUACUACAGCUGCGAGAGAGCCAAAAAGCUCAUGGGCUACCGGCCCCUGGUCACCAUGGAUGAGGCUGUGGAAAGGACUGUGCAGAGUUUUCACCACCUGCGGAAGGUCGAGUGAGGCACCUGGAGACUGGGCCCUCUCAAUGCAUUCCCCCGCUGCUAACUCUCUCCCCUGUGGGCCAAUAAACUAACCUUCAAAUGA